GGGCUAUAAAAGCCACAUGGCCAUGCGACCGAACAACCUAGAGCUGCCCUCCCGCAACAUCCGAACAUCAACAUGAGGACUCUCCACCAAGUUCUUCUUCUUCUGAUGGUCUCCUUCGCCUCGCCUCUUCCUUAUCCCUUGCGGAGUCAGAUAAUUGGAGGCCAUGAAGCCAAGCCCCAUUCCCGACCGUACAUCGCAGCCUUGAAAAUUGGAGAUGCUUUUGGUUGUGGCGGAUUUCUAGUGGCCCCCCAAUGGGUCAUGACUGCAGCUCAUUGUAUGGAUGAUAUUACUGUCGUUUUGGGGGCUCAUGACCUGGAUGUCCCUGAGGAGUCCCAGCAAGUGAUUGGGGUCCAGUCUUACCAUAUGCACCCAGAGUAUAGCCAUGACACGCUUUCCAAUGACAUACUUCUGCUGAAGCUGGAUUUCAAGCCAAUCCUGAACAAAUACGUCCAAAUCGUCCCUUUGCCAAAGUCUCGGAGCGAUCUCCCUGCCGGCACCCUUUGCAACAUAGCCGGCUGGGGCCUGAUCGAUGAAAGCAAAGCCACCCCAAGACUCUUCGAGACCAACGUCACCAUCUACAAUCGCAGGAAAUGCAGGAUGGUCUACACUUGGUUGGACGAUGGGAUGAUCUGCGCAGGAAGCCAUAAGCAGCUUCUGGAUACAAGCCAGGGGGACUCUGGAGGUCCGAUGGUGUGCAACGGUGUGGUUCAUGGAAUUGUCUCCUUCGGCUACAAUGCCCCGCCGGGUGUUUAUUCUCGCAUCGCGCAUUACCUCCCUUGGAUCCAGAAGGUCAUGGAGUCGAAUCUGUGAGAAGCAGCAGCUCUUGGGCCAUUUUGUCACACUCUCCAGCCUGCUGUGUGUUCAAGUUUCCAAUACACCAGGCCCUCUGCAACCUCUCCUUUUCCACAGAGCCUGCGUUUUAAAGAAACCAAGCAACUGGGAGAAUGUUAGAUCACAGUUAAGUUACCUGUCUCUCAAAUGUCUCCCGAUUCUGUUCCCUCCUUGGCAAAUCCCUCUUUCCUUCACUUGCUUCCCUUUCCCUCACCUGCUUCUUCCUCCUAGAGCUUGGAUAUAACACACUAGAAAUAAAAGUGUUUUGCUACAAAUAA